AUGGUAUUAGAAGCUACAGUGUUAGUGAUUGAUAAUUCAGAGUACUCCCGCAAUGGGGACUUCCUUAGGACUAGGUUCGAAGCCCAGAUCGAUUCCGUAGAAUUUAUAUUUCAAGCCAAGAGAAACAGCAAUCCUGAGAAUACAGUGGGACUUAUCUCUGGUGCUGGCGCCAACCCCCGGGUGUUGUCUACGUUCACCGCGGAGUUUGGGAAGAUCCUUGCUGGAUUACACGAUACGCAGAUCGAGGGUAAGCUGCAUAUGGCCACUGCGUUGCAGAUCGCCCAGCUGACCCUGAAGCAUCGUCAGAAUAAGGUCCAACACCAAAGAAUCGUGGCGUUUGUGUGUAGCCCAAUAAGUGACCCUCGAGACGAAUUGAUCAGAUUGGCCAAAACACUGAAAAAGAACAAUGUUGCCGUGGAUAUUAUCAAUUUUGGCGAGAUUGAACAAAAUACAGAGCUGUUAGAUGAGUUUAUUGCCGCAGUGAACAACCCUCAAGAGGAGACUAGUCAUUUACUUACUGUGACGCCUGGCCCCAGACUGCUGUAUGAGAACAUCGCAUCCUCACCCAUAAUUCUCGAAGAAGGUUCCUCCGGUAUGGGCGCCUUUGGUGGGUCUGGCGGUGAUUCCGAUGCCAAUGGCGCAUUUAUGGACUUCGGGGUAGACCCAUCAAUGGACCCUGAACUGGCAAUGGCUUUGCGUCUAUCUAUGGAAGAAGAACAGCAAAGACAAGAAAGACUAAGACAACAGCAACAACAAGACCAACCGGGACAACCUGAACAACCCGAACAACACCAAGACAAAUAG